AUGGCUGUUCUUCCUCGUUCGAGCGGCGCCCCCGGGACCGACGGCCAGAUCAGCAGUCCUCGGGUCGCUACGCGCACCGUAGUCGGCAUGGUACUCGGGAUCUUGUGCUUGUUCACUAUGGUCCUUAGCUACCAACUUAUGUCCUGCCCUUGCAGGAGAAGGAAGGCUAAGGCUGCGAAACACCGCACCCCCCGCACAUCCCCAUCCACCCACACUCCUUCGAAGAAACCCACACGCUCCUUUAUCGACUUGAAGCGCCUCUAUCAGAACGCCCGAGAGCGCUUCCACCGCACACACGCCCCGGCGCUCGGAGAGAAGCAGUCUCUCGGCACUAGCUCGCCGCGCGGCGUGACUUUGCGGUCGCUCUUCCUCGCGGCUACCAAACCUCUCAGAGCUGCGCUGCAUCGUACCAAGGAGGAGCAAUCCUCUCCCUCCGACGACACCGCCCGACCACCUAACCUCCGCGAGCGGCGGGCUCUUCGCUCGCUCUACCUCAACACCCGCACACCCACUACUCCAACCACCAAGCGCUAUCCUUGCAACCCGCCAACCACUCCGACCACCCCCACAAGGAAGAGGAUGGCGGGGCUGCUUCAUCUGAGUAUCGGCGGGUCGCCAGACUCCCCCGACACACUCUCACCAUUCACCCCGCGGAAUACGCAGUCCCGCCGGCUCUACCAGAAGCUCAACGACACCGCGUACUCGGACUGGUCGAACGAAGAGUCCUACCGCACCGAGCGCCCCAUCUCUGCGCUUAUCUCCCCGUGGUUCCCGAGCGAGUAUGAGUUCCCGUACCCAUCACUCCACUCACCAGGUUUGACACCUGCGACUCCGCCACCGCUGUAUCCCCCGCCGCCCGCGUACAUCCCCGAGGUUCCCCUGCGGUCUCCCGGAGGUGUGGCGGAUUCUCCCGGACGUCGCGCGGAGAUGACGGAGAUGAAGCGCGAAUCUCCUCCGUUGGUGAUGCCCAUGUCGCCGAUCGUGUCAACGCUCACAGAAGAAAUUGCGAGCGACAUCGUCGCGUGGACUGCGCUGCACGAGAGCCCGUCUGGGGUCGGAGCGCUGCCAGAGCAUCGAGUCGACGGCGUCUUCGUCAUUGCGAACGAGGACUCCGAGGACGAGGCAUCAAACAGGGACAGCAUGUCGACAGUCUACACCCAGGAAUCGGGGACGUGGGAGGCGUUUGAAGAAUAA